AUGUCUCACAGGAAGUUCGAAGCUCCCCGCCACGGGUCUCUGGCUUUCUUGCCGCGAAAGCGCGCUGCCCGUCACCGGGGUAAGGUCAAGAGCUUCCCCAAGGAUGACCCCAAGAAGCCCGUCCACCUCACCGCAGCCAUGGGCUACAAGGCCGGUAUGAGCACCAUUGUCCGCGACCUCGACCGACCCGGUGCCAAGCUGCACAAGAAGGAGAUUGUCGAGGCUGUCACCAUCAUUGAGACACCUCCGAUGAUCGCUGUCGGUCUUGUUGGCUACAUUGAGACCCCUCGCGGUCUGCGCUCGCUCACCACCGUCUGGGCCGAGCACUUGAGCGACGAGGUCAAGCGCCGCUUCUACCGCAACUGGUACAAGAGCAAGAAGAAGGCUUUCACCAAAUACGCCAAGAAGCACUCGGAGAAUAGCGGAGCGUCCAUCACCGCCGAGCUCGAGCGCAUGAAGAAGUACUGCACCGUCAUCCGCGUUCUCGCCCACACCCAAAUCUCCAAGACCCCACUCAAGCAGAAGAAGGCCCACCUCAUGGAGAUCCAGGUCAACGGUGGAAGCAUCGCCGACAAGGUUUCCUAUGCACACGGCCUUUUCGAGAAGCCAAUCGAGAUCAGCUCCAUCUUCGAGGCCAACGAGAUGAUCGACGUCAUUGCCGUCACCAAGGGUAAGGGUUACAACGGUGUCACUUCCCGUUGGGGAACCAAGAAGCUCCCUCGCAAGACGCACAAGGGUCUCCGCAAGGUCGCUUGUAUCGGUGCCUGGCAUCCUGCCCACGUCCAGUGGACUGUCGCUCGUGCUGGUCAGAUGGGAUACCACCACCGUACCUCUGUCAACCACAAGAUCUACCGUAUCGGUAAGGGUGAGGACGAGGGUAACGCCUCGACCGAGUUCGAUGUCUCGAAGAAGCAGAUCACCCCCAUGGGUGGCUUCGUUCGUUACGGUGAGGUCAAGAAUGACUUCUUGCUGCUCAAGGGUAACUGCCCUGGUGUCAAGAAGCGUGUCAUGACUCUGCGAAAGUCCAUGUUCACACACACCAGCCGACGAGCACUCGAGAAGGUGGAGCUCAAGUGGAUCGACACCUCUUCCAAGUUCGGUCACGGUGCUUACCAGACCGCGGCAGAAAAGAGGCAAUACGAGGGUACCAUGAAGAAGGACCUCCAGGCCGCAUCUUAG